AUGGAGAUUCCACAGCGGCAGCUAACAAAGGAAGAAAUAAAUAGAUGCUAUUUGCGUUGGCAACAACUGCGUAAUGAACAUGGGGAGAACGCGGCAAACGUACCGGAAUAUGUUUAUUUCACGAAAGUUCUUCAGGUAGCUGCGAAGCAGCAACAGAAGCGGCAGCAAGAACAACAACAGGGACAACAAUCCCAUCAUCAGCUCCAGCAACGUGCACCACAACAGGCGCCACAACAGCAACAACUGCCUCCACAACCUCAGCAGCCGCAACAAUCGCAGCAAACACAGGCGUUCCAGCAGAUCCCGCAGGCACACAUGCAGCAGUCCAAAGUUAUGCCUCAGAUGCAAGCGGCGCACAUGCCGCAGGCUCAGCAGCAAUGGGCUCCACAAUCCACGAAUGGCCACGCUACAAUGGCCAAUUCGCAGCCCCCGCAAGACCACCACAUACGCACGUCAAUGGGCCAAUCACCUCAACAGACUCAACCCCCACAACCGGUCCAAAUGCCUCAGCAGGCCCAUGUCCAAAACAUGCCAUCCCAAACCCCUCCUACAGGCACAGGCGUCCCAAGCUCUAUCUUCACUCCAGAGCAGUCUGAGCUGCUGAAGGCUCAGAUUGCGUCCUUAAAGUUUCUCCUUGGGAGACAGCCUAUACCACCAGAAGUUCAAGAAGUGAUCCAACGAUCGCUGAAUAACCCCCCUGAUUUCAAGCAAAUGCUGCUUUCUCUUAGUGAAACUGUCAAGAAGCGGCAAAACCCUCAACAAGAGCAGGUAUUACAAAACCCUCAGCAGGAACACACACAACAGCCGCCGCGCAGAGUUGUCGAUCAGCAGCAGCCAUUGGCACACCAGUCCCCACAUACCUCUAACUCCGGGGUACCGACACCUCUCGCAUCUCAAUUCCCACCCUCGCAACCUGAAACAGGCCUUGCUUCUCGAGCAAAUAGCGGAUCUGGUACAGCUAACCCUGAAAAAGGUGCGGAAAGCGUUAAAACAGAACCAAUAGCGGAAAUUGGCAGGCCUGCGCAAGAUACACAGCCGCUGAAGGAAGUCCCUCCAGUUCCGUUGGAAGAGUUCAAGAGAUUGAAUCCUGAUGUCGAAAAAAUCGUGAACGUAACGACGCCAAAUAUGGUCGUUGAUUCAUAUUCACUUCCCAAUUUUCCAGAUACUGCGGUAGAAUACAAAGAACUGUUCCCCUCCAAAGAUCGUCCUAGAGUCAUGCUCCAGCCCGGAGUUCUUCCUCCUGGCAUCGAUGUCCACUCCGCUUUGGAGAUAUAUCAAACGUUGAUAGCGUUGGAUAUUGAUACAGCCGUUGAUUCUUGCUUGUCAGAUACACUGAAUGAAGAUGCAGAUGUAGAAACAAAAAAACGCGCGACUUAUGACUAUUACGCGCUCCAACUCCUUCCUCUCCAAAAGGCAAUGAGGGGCCACGUACUGCAAUUUGAUUGGUACCAGAAAGCCCUCUUAACAAAUACACAUCCUAACUUUUUGUCAAAGAUUAGACGAAUAAACCUUCAAGAUGCGUUGCUGACUGACGAGCUCUACAGGCGCUAUGAAAUCAUGCAAUAUGAGCGUCAGAGAUAUGAAGAGAGCACAAAGCUAAAGAGCAUCACCGACAGCUCUAUUGAAUACUACAAUGCGAAGCUCAACCGGCGUACUCAAAGAGUUAAGUUUGGACACCGUUUGAUCUCUUUACAUGGCAAUAUAGAAAAAGAGGAACAGAAGCGAAUGGAAAGGAAUGCAAAGCAGCGUUUGCAAGCCCUGAAAGCUAAUGACGAGGAAGCUUACAUCAAGUUAUUGGAUCAAACAAAGGAUACUAGAAUCACUCAUUUGCUGAAGCAAACAAACGCGUUUUUGGAUUCAUUGACAAAAGCAGUCAGAAGCCAACAGCAAUACACCAAGGAGAAAAUUGAUUCCCACAUGCAGAAGGAAGAAGAGAGCGCUACGCCUCAGUCGCCUUCGGCAGGCGACGUUUCCGAUGAAGAGGAAAGGCAGAAUAUUGACUAUUAUAAUGUAGCGCAUCGCAUCAAAGAAGAGAUCAAGCAACAACCAUCGAUUUUAGUGGGUGGGACAUUGAAAGAAUAUCAGUUGAAGGGACUGCAAUGGAUGGUGUCUUUAUACAACAACCACUUAAACGGUAUCUUGGCAGACGAAAUGGGCCUCGGGAAAACCAUUCAAACCAUUUCCCUUUUAACUUAUCUUUACGAGGCCAAAAACGUGCGCGGUCCAUCUUUAGUUAUUGUCCCCCUGUCAACGUUAACAAACUGGGAUUCUGAGUUUGACAAAUGGGCGCCAGUGAUUAGGAAAGUUGCUUACAAGGGGUCCCCUAACGAGAGAAAGUCAAAGCAAGGAAUUAUUCGGUCUGGCCAGUUUGAUGUCGUACUGACAACUUUCGAGUAUAUUAUAAAAGAAAGGGCUCUGCUUUCUAAGAUCAAAUGGGUGCAUAUGAUUAUAGAUGAGGGCCACCGUAUGAAAAACGCCCAAUCGAAACUGUCUUUGACACUGAAUAACUAUUACCACACCGAUUACCGUUUGAUAUUGACAGGUACGCCUCUACAAAAUAACUUACCUGAACUUUGGGCUCUACUGAACUUCGUGCUGCCAAAAAUUUUUAACUCUGUUAAGUCGUUCGAUGAAUGGUUCAACACACCAUUCGCUAACACAGGAGGCCAGGACAAGAUUGAACUAAGCGAAGAAGAGACCUUGUUGGUCAUCAGGAGGCUUCACAAAGUCUUACGGCCUUUCCUAUUACGUCGCCUUAAAAAGGAUGUCGAAAAAGAGUUGCCAGAUAAGGUUGAAAAGGUUCUCAAAUGCAAAAUGAGCGCACUGCAGCAAAAACUGUACGAGCAAAUGUUGAAACAUCGUCGCCUUUUUAUUGGUGACAUAAACUCGAACAAGAUGGUUGGGAUGCGUGGUUUCAACAAUCAAAUAAUGCAACUGAAAAAAAUCUGUAACCAUCCGUUUGUGUUUGAGGACGUGGAAGAUCAAAUAAAUCCGACUAGAGAGACCAACGCAAAUAUAUGGCGUGUCGCAGGCAAAUUUGAAUUGCUUGAAAGAAUUCUUCCUAAGUUCAAAGCUACUGGUCAUCGAAUUCUAAUUUUUUUUCAGAUGACACAAAUUAUGGACAUCAUGGAGGACUUUUUAAGACUUUCUGGCAUGAAAUACUUGCGUUUAGACGGACACACAAAGUCUGAUGACCGUACGUUAUUGCUGAAUCUUUUCAAUGAUCCUAAUUCAGAAUAUUUCUGCUUUUUGUUGUCAACUAGAGCAGGUGGCCUCGGUCUUAAUCUACAGACCGCUGACACUGUUAUUAUCUUCGAUACUGAUUGGAACCCCCACCAGGAUCUACAGGCGCAAGAUAGAGCACAUAGAAUUGGCCAGAAAAACGAAGUUCGAAUUUUGAGGCUUAUCACAGAGAACUCUGUGGAAGAGGUUAUUCUUGACCGCGCGCAUAAAAAGCUUGACAUUGAUGGCAAAGUCAUUCAGGCGGGUAAAUUUGAUAACAAAUCCACCUCUGAAGAGCAAGAAGCGCUGCUAAGAUCGUUGCUUGAAGCCGAGGAGGAGCAGAAGAAGAAAAGGGCAUUGGGCAUGGAGGAAGAGGAGCAAAUGGACGACAAUGAACUCAAUGAAACCUUGGCAAGAAGCGAGGAAGAGUUGAAAAUCUUUGCUCAAAUCGACGAGGAACGAAGCAGGACUCACUUGGAAAAUGGUAUAACCACUAGUUUGAUGGAAAGUUCUGAACUACCAAACUUCUACCAUCAAGACAUUGAAGCCGAACUUGACAAGAAAGAGAAUGAUGAACUUCUUUCAGGUGGAAGGGGAACUAGGGAACGCAAAAGCGCCAUUUACGAAGAUGAUAUCCCUGAGGAACAAUGGCUGAAGCAGUUCGAAAUCAGUGACGGAGAAGACGAGCCUGUUUCAGGGCCAAAAAAGCGGGAAGCUAGCGAAACUCGUGUUCCAGAAAAAAGAGCAAAGUUAGAGACAGAGGAACCAUCCGAGCUGGAUGUUAAAGAGGAAGCCAACGAGAAACUACCCCCUCCUGAAGCCGGCCAAACAUCUAUGAAGUCAACAAAAGGUGUGAAAGGCAGGCCGCGCGGCCGCAGUCGGGGCUCCCGUAUUAACGGAAAGGCUAAGAAUGGAAGGAAUUUUGUUCGCGAUCCUGACUCUGUUACCGAAUCGAAGGAAGUAAGGGAAGAGGUUGCUGCAAAAGCUAAACAGCUCCAUGAUUUUGCUGUCGCAUACAGGGAUGCUGACGACAGGCGUCUGGCGGACAUUUUUUUGGUCAAACCUUCGAGGAAGCUUUACCCAGAUUAUUACCUGUUGAUCAAGUAUCCUGUGGCGCUUGAAACAGUGUUGAAACACAUAGAGACUCUAGCUUAUGGAUCUCUGAAAGAUGCGCUUGAUGAUUUUCACUUAAUUUUCGCCAACGCGAGGGUUUAUAACACAGAGGAGUCACUGAUAUACCACGAUUCCAUUGAAUUGGAAAACGCAAUUAUUGAGAAAUAUAAAGAAAUGACUGGAGAAGAAAAAGUGGACUUUACAGAGUUUGACGAAGAACAUGCGAGCCAACCCUUAGUACCAAUCGGUAAUGCAGAGUCCAAAGAACCCAGUCCUGCUCCGCAGUAG